CAACAUGGCGUCGAAACAACUUGUUGGAUUUUGAGCUUGCGCACUUGCUUAUAUCCCACGGCGUAAAAAGCUUGUAAAUAAUUUCCGCCAGUUGGUUAGUAAGUAUAGUGGCAUAACGCUAUAGUCACGCCUUUAUUGAGAAGGCAUCGCGUAGCCUGUUUAUUUACCUAACAACCUCUCAAGGUCAUCCACUGGUCCUUCGUGCCGAACAUCUGUCAGAGUUUUCGUUGUGUUUUGAACCUUUUUGUGAUACAUUUUGGUUAAAAGUGCGCCAACUGUGGUUGAGAUGCCUAGGUUAUAUAGUAUGUUCAAAUUCCGUAGCAUAUUUAUGAAUAUAUGUUGUCUACCCGAAGAAUAAACAGCAACAAUGCUGCUGAUAAAAAAUAACACUUAAAAUGCAAGAAUGUUAUCAAAUGGACUGCCAGCCUGUAGUAUAUAUAUUUUAUUAUUCCUAGUAUGUAGCUGCUCUAAUAUCCUUCAAAAUGACUUCAGAUUCAUCUCAUCCCAAGAUCUCAAAUCAUCUAUUACUAUUUUUUCUGCUGAAGGAAAUACAUCGUACUCACAAAUUUUAUUCGAUGUGUCGAGAAACCAGCUCUUUUUAAGCGUAAGGGAUGGAUUGUACAGACUAUCUCUAUCGGGGUUGAAGUUUUUGGAAUAUGCAGAUUGGCAGUCCCCGGAAAACAAAAAGAUUGAAUGCACCUAUAAAGGUCAGAACGAAGAAAGCUGUCAUAACUAUAUCAAAGUACUUUUAAGUAACCGAUGGCACAUUUUUGUUUGUGGGACAAAUGCCUUUUCGCCGGUAUGCUCGUGGAGAGAGAUUAAUAACAUAUCAAAUGUGAUAGAAGUUGUGGAUGGCAUUGCUAAAAGUUCAUACAACCCAACCGCAAAUAUCACAGCAUUUCUAUCGGAGAAUGGAGAAUAUUACUUUGGUGGACCGACGGAUUUUUCAGGGUCUGAUUCAUUGAUCUCAAAGACUGCUAGAAACAUGACACUCAGAACAAAACAGUACAAUAGUUUUUGGUUGAAUGAACCACAAUUUAUUGGGUCUUUCGAAAGCGAAAAGUUUGUAUACUUUUUGUUUCGCGAGACUGCUGUGGAACACAUGAAUUGUGGCAAGACAAUCUACUCGAGAGUAGCGCGGGUUUGCAAAAACGACUAUGGAGGAAUCCACGCUAUCUUCAAAGACAACUGGACAACGUUCCUCAAGGCCAGAUUGAACUGCUCAACAAGCGGGGAAUACCCGUUCUACUUCAACGAAAUACAGAGUAUGUCAUAUGUUGCAACAGAACAGACUAUGUACGCUACAUUUACUACAUCACCAAAUGGGAUAGCCGGCUCAGCAGUAUGCUCAUUCCAUCUGUCUGCUAUCGACGAGGCAUUUAACGGCCCUUUCAAAUACCAGCAUGAUAUGAACAGCGCUUGGGUCAAACAUGACAAUGUGCAUUUAGGACACUACAACUGCAUGUCAUCGUUACGCAACAAUCAUUUACUAGAGACUUCAAAGUAUCAACUGAUGGAUUCAGCAGUGCAAUCCACAUCACUCGAUCCGUUGUAUACUUCAACGUUGGAACGGUUUACUCAUAUCACUGUGGAUGUGGUUGACACGAAGAAAGAUUCAGUGCAUAUUCUGUAUGUAGCCACAACUGAAGGUCUUGUGAAAAAGCUUUCGUUGCUACCCUUACACGGCAAACAUAAAAAGGCGUGUGUUGUUGAGGUAUGGCAAGUAGCUACCUCCAUAUUCAAUAUGAAGUUCCUCAAAGAAACUAGUUCUGUGUAUAUCACAACUAACGAUGGACUUAUACAGAUACCUUCAGCGCAUUGCAAAAGACACACCUCGAGAGCUAAUUGCAAAAACGCCAUGGAUCCAUAUUGUGGUUGGAAUGAACGCGAGGAAAGUUGUUCCGUAGCUCCUUUCGGGGAUCCACACAAUAGAUUUUGGAUACAGCAUAUCAAUUCUUGUCCCAUUUUGGAUUCACCAAUUGACGGCGGUUGGAGCACUUGGUCUGAGUGGUCACCCUGUCAUCAUAAAACUUGGGCCAAUUCAGACUCGUUCGACCAGUGCUUGUGCCAAACACGGCAAUGCAACAACCCUCAACCUUCAAACGGAGGUAGGGAGUGUUCCGGCCCAUCGAUCGCGGUGACCAACUGCACGGUUCAUGGAGGUUGGUCUGACUGGUCUGGUUGGUCAGCCUGUUCUGCUACUUGCGGCACCGCUGUCAAAAUACGUUUGAGGACAUGCACCAAUCCAGCUCCAGCGUUCGGAGGACGGGUAUGUGUGGGUCAAGAUAGGUUAGAAGCAUUCUGCACAGAACAUCCCCCUUGUCCAGCUGAAGCAGUCGAUGGAGGAUGGAGUCCUUGGUCUCCUUGGUCAUCUUGCAGUACAAAUUGCGGUGAAGGAUACGCAAUCCGUCAAAGGAAAUGCAACAAUCCAGCGCCCCUUAAUGGGGGGCAGUAUUGUAAAGGCAAUGACAUAGAGUACAACGUGUGCAGGAAUGAUUCUUGUCCAGAGCAGAGGCGAUUGCACACAACUGAUUGGGUUGUAAUCAAAAACGCAUCUUCUAAGGUUUACCUCAGGAGGAGGUUCAAAGUAACCUGUAAGGCACCAGUGAGGCAUGAUCAGCUGAAACUGAUUGUGCGCAAUGAGACGCAGUUCUGCUACGGACAUCAGUGUGAUUCGGAAGAGCCGAUUGAACAUUCAGACUGGGGAGCGUGGUCCAGAUGGAGCGAAUGCUCAGCAUCCUGUGGUGGAGGCAUCCAAACCAGAACUAGAGACUGCGAGAAACGUAACUGCGAGGGUGAAUCAUUGCAGACGCGCGAGUGUAACGUUCAUGACUGUGGAAGUUCUUGGAUUUGGGGCUGUUGGUCAGACUGGAGUCCUUGCAACGCUACGUGCGGAUGGGGGACUCGUACUAGACGCCGAUCGUGCUUGAGGGAGGGUUGUGAAGGGGAUGAAUUUGAAGUACAAUCUUGCCAGGGUGAUUCUUGCGAACCAAUUCUAGGUGGCCAGCUCGAGCAAUCUUCCUGUGUUGCGUCGAGUCUCUCCUUUUUCUUCAUAGGUGCCAUAGUAGGUCUAAUGCCCAGUGUAGUCUAUCUGUCAUACUACUUCUUCAAGAGGAAGAAAAACACAGUUCCAUGUUCGCCACACUACAUAACGGCUGAGCAGAAUCCGUACAUAUCAGUUCCUACUAGAGAAAAAAUCUCUAAGAAACAUAGUUCGCCCACAAGUGGGUUCUAUCCAACUAACGGAACUGUGAAAUCACUGAAGCGGUAUGCAGACGACUACGAGAUUCCGACGUUGAAAAGGGGCAGUCAUGAAAUGAGGAACGGACAUUCCAAGCAAUAUGAAAAUGAUAAACAUUUAUACGACUGAUAUUAUUAAUAACGAGGGCUCUUUGCUAAAUGAGACACUACCAAUGUUGAAACGGAAAAAGAUUUUCAAUUUCUUGUAAUUCCAACUCUGCAUGUUUGGAAAACUGUUGAUUGUCUAUGUUUCUUCCUUCGGCUCAAUUAUUUUUGUAGAGCAGAGUAGCCAAAAACUGACUGAUUGUGGUUGAAAAUGUUUAUUAGGAGACAAAAAUUACAGAUGUUAUCUGCUCCCUGCCUUCUUCUAUCAAAACUUCCUAUUCCCAAAGGUAUUAGCUUUAGUCAUUCUAGAACUCCAUUUCCCUCUAUUAGUUUUUCCUAUCAAUUUAAAAAGGAUUUGCGGUUUGCGCGACUAAAGCUAAACAUUUGUUUAUCGCACAAAAGUGCAAUCAAAUAUUUAAAAAGGACAAUUUUACAAAACAGACGAACCUAGGUUUUUUUUGUGAGGGGGGAAUACGUUUAUGCACCAUACCAUAGCCCGAGCUACGGCGUGUGUGGGAUUCCCAUAGCCCGAGCUACGGCGUGUGUGGGAUUCCAGGUUGUCUUGAGGAGACCAUCUAAUACCCACUAAACCCUAACCUCCGCGUGGCCCGACUCAUCAGCGUCUCGGUAGGCCAUGUGUUGUGCGUGACCUGCGGUCUGCUACAACGUCUCCUCAUGUGUUUCAGUCUCUUGAAAAUAUCCAUUUUACCUUGAAAAUCGUCAAGUUCGUUGUCAAGGCCACCAUCAUUUUGCCCCAUUGAAACCAUAUAACUUUUUUGUAGAAUGCGUCAUUUUAGAUAUAUUUCGGUGUUUAAAAUGGGACACCGUGUAUAGAUACAAACGCUUACUUGCAAAUAUCUAGUAAUGAGAAUGCAAUUUUUUAAAGAGCUUCCUAGAAAUAGACUGCCAUGAAGUGAUAUUAGACAACAAUUUUCUCUGUGAUCUCUUCGUGCCUUUUCGAGAGGCGAGUUUUUUUUUGCUCAACGGUAGAGAGCCCUCUUCGAAGAUUUUACUUAGCUGCAAUAAUUAUUUACAUUUUGUUAUAUAGUUAAUAUUUAUAACAUUAUUGGAUUUUAUCCCGUGAUAGUUUUGAAUUUGAAUUCUAGGAAAUUUUAUAUUACAUAGAGAUGAAUAUUCACUGUUGGGUAUAUUUUGUUAUAGAAAGAAAUACAUACGUGAUUCUGGUACCUCAAUCAUAAUAUAUCAAGAUAGUAUUUUCCCAAAAAUACAUUCCUCAAAUAUUUACUCUUUUGAGCACCACGUCAUAAAAAGUCGUCAUACCAUUAUAUACUCAUUCUGCCAACUCCAUCAUUUCAUCUCAUAGAUAAUGUAUUAUCCCCUGGUAUCGAAAAGAAAGAUAGUGACGUGCGAUGUGUUCCACUACUUCCUUUUCUGUAUCCGACAAUAGCUUAAGAACAAAAGAUUUCACAGGUGCAUAUAAACUGACGGUAUGCUUAUUUAUACACAUCAUAUUUUACAACCGUUGUAAUGUUUUACAAAUGAAUGAGUUGAAACAAAAGAGAUUCUACCACUAACACCACCGCUAUUUAAUUUUGUGCAAAGGUAUACACAACAAGCUUUAAUAAAUACAUUUCAAUAGUCCAUAUCUACUUAAGUUGUACCUGCUUACAGAUAUAUUAUUUCUCAUAUAUAGAAAACUUUAAAUUUUUGUUUUGUUUUUCUAUAUAUGACACAUAGUACACGUACCUACCUAAUGUCUAAAAAACUAACGGUAAUAUUGCCAGAAAAUGUAUCCCAUAUAGAGAAUAUUAACCAAAAAAUAUAAUUUUACACCUUUAUAUGCUUUUUCUCAUAUUGAGGAAAUAUAUUUUUGAAAAAAUA